AGGCCCCAUAGGGGAUGGAAUACCUCCGGCGGCGGCUCUCGGAUGGGAACUUCCUGGCGGGGGGGGGAGGGGGGGAUCCCCCUGGGGUGGGGGCGGGGCUUGGGGGUGGGGGAGGGGCAGGGAGACCCCCUCCCCCGCUGCUGCUCGUCAUCGCCCCCCCCAGCACCGACUGGGUGAAGCUCUUCAAGGGUAAAUCCGUGCAUGGGGAUGUGGAGCUGAGGGUGGAGCAGGCGCAGUUCUCGGAGCUCUCCUUGGUAGCCUCGACCCAUGGCGCCCUCAGCGUCACCAUCGACACCCCCCGGGGGGGGGCCCGCCGGCUGCGCCCCGACUUCGUGCUGGUUCGGGAGCGGCCGGAGGGGGGGUCCGCGGGCGCCCCCCGGCGGCUGCUGCUGGGGCUGCACCUGGGGGGGGUCCCCAGCACCGACCCCCUCCCGGCGCUCUACGCGUUCGCCCAUCCCCCCUGCCUGUUUGCCCAGUUGGCGCGGCUGCAGCGGGAACUGGGCCCGGAGGCCUUUCCCUUGGCCCCACAGCGCUUCUGCAACCGGCCCCGGGGACUGCUCACAGCCCCGACCUUCCCCAUGAUGGUGACGCUCAGCCCCGCCCCCACCGGGGUGGGCAAGGUGAGGCCCCGCCCCCUCGCCCAGAAACCACGCCCCCAUCACGAGAGGGGGCGUGGUCCAAUGAGGGCGAGGCUUGCG